AUGAAUUGGGUUUUGUUAAAAUUAUUGAUAAAAACCGGGAAACUUCCGGAGAUUUCAGCAAUCAAUCUAAGAAAAAUUAGACAAAAAAUAGAAGAAAUCUUAAGAUCUUAUCUACAAUCCGGAUUCCGUAACCGCGAAAGAAUUACAGAAACUUUAAAAAGAAAAAAAGUUAUUCUAACUAAAGCCCAAGCCGAAGCAAUUAUUAAUGAAUUUUUAGAACAAGUUAAACAAGCCUUAAUCAGAAGAGAAGAAUUAAGAUUCCCGGGAUAUUUAACCCUGAAAACUGCUCUCCAAAAACCAAGAGUGGCGAUGAAUCUCCAAACUAAGAAAAAAAUGACUAUUCCCGCUAAAUGA